AUGGGUUUGAACACACCAGCUUUGCCGCGGGAGCGCGGGAAACCUGCAGGGUCCAGCGCCGCCGCCGCCGCUGCGCACGCCGAGCAGCCGCCCGACACCACGGCGAGGCCGCACGGCCUCAAGCGCGCGCAGGACGACGCGCCCACGGACUCUCCAUGCGUGAAGAAGCCCAAGCGCGCGGAGGGCGACGGCGUGGCGGCGAGUAACGACGAUGCAGAGGAUAUGGACGCCGACGCUGAUGCCGAGGAGGCUGAACCCAACGCCGCCGUGAUCCGCCGGCAGAGGCGCCCCGUCGUGCGCAACCGCAGCGCGGCGCUGUCGCCGCUGAACGCCGCGUCGGCCGAGCAGAUCCGGCAGCACCUGCGCGACGUGCGGCGCGAGCUGUUCCUGCGGCCUCUGCUGGCCAUCGUGUCCAAGCUCAUGUUCCACAAAGGUAACCACGGCUUCUUCAACGUGCGGGUGGACCCGGUGGUGUGGAACAUUCCGCACUACUUGGAGGUGGUGAAGCACCCGAUGGACUUGGCGCUGGUCAAGAACAAGUGCCUCAACCUCGAGUACCCCACGGCCGACGCGUGCGCGGAGGACAUCCGCCUCGUGUUCAGCAACGCUUGUCUGUUCAAUCCGCCCGGGCACAUUGUGCACGAGGCAGCGGCGAUGCUGCGUAAGGAGUUCGAGGCGGACUUCGUCAAGUACAAGGCCAAGGCGGAGGCGAUGACCAAGCGCCGCAACGAGCACUCGUGCCCGUUCUGUCUUGACAAUGUGUGCGGCAUCUGCAACGAAAAGUGCAUCAACUUUGAGCCACCAUUCGUCGUGUGCUCAGGCGCGUGUCGCCAGCGGAUUAAACGGCAUGCAAUGUACUACAAGACGCCCGAUGGACAGUAUCAUUGGUGCUCCAAGUGCUUCAGUUCGCUGCCCAAGACACUGACGCUCAAGGCAGCGCCUUCCUCGACUUCAGACAACGGCGCAACAGAUCCAUUUGCAACAGAAUACACCGUGUCGAAGCUCGCCUUGCUGAAAGCUAAAUUUCUGGACGAGUUAACGGAGCCGUGGGUGCAAUGCGACCAAUGCAACGGCUGGGUGCAUCAGAUCUGUGCACUAUUCAAUGCCUGUGAGAACGCGGAUGAAGAAGAAGAAGUGAUGUAUACGUGUCCGCUCUGCCGUCUCAAGGAGCUAGAUGCUGAAGAGAAGAACGAAGAGUUGGGCAUGUCUCCGAUUGAAACCUCGGUCGAGGAUUUUCCUGUGAAAGUGGAGAAAGAUUUCUUGCGAUCUCAUAGCCCCGCUUUGAAGCGCAGGCCGUACACGAAAGACUUCACGCGAGCGCUCGGGUUUGACGAUGAGAUCGAAGAAAAAGUGUUCGACUAUUUGACGCAAGUAGACUUAGACGCCGUGGAUGCGAGCACAGCCUCGAGCUUUGUGAAGAGCCAAGAUCUACAGUCGUGUCAUUUGUCGCGCUUUAUGCAAAAGUGGGUGCAGCAGCACCUGGAGAAUCUCGGCGAACAUGAUGCAGCGCAGUCCAUUGUCGUGAAAGUGGUGUCUGCGAUCAAAAGCGCGUGCCACGUAAGCUCAGUGGUGCGAGAAAACUUUCGAUCGAAGUCGCAAGAGUACCCCCAAACCGUCGACUACACCUCAAAGGUCAUCUUUGUAUUCCAGAUGAUCAAUGGGGUCGAAGUUUGCAUCUUUUCUAUGUAUGUUCAGGAGUACGACAAGCACUGCCAGUUGCCCGCCAACCGCAAUCGGACGUACAUUGCGUACCUCGAUAGCCUGGUGUACAUGCGCCCGCGCCAUAACCCUGGCAAAGAGCGCCUUCUUCAGUGGUACCUGAGCAUGGCCAAAAAGGCGAAAGAGUUGGGAGUCGUCUUUGCAUGCGACGAUUUGUACGCCCGCGAAUUUGAACUCCUGGAAGACACCCUUGACUCGCGGCUUCCUCCAUAUUUUGACGGCGACUACUGGCCCAGUGAAGCCGAGCGAGUUGCCGCAUCGCCUCCAAAGCGAGGGAGGAAGGAAGCUAACACUGCAAGUGCGAGCAGUGCAAAGUUCCGCAAGCGAGUCAGCGAGUCGGUGAAGUCAGCCCGCGAAUCGUUGUUUGUCAUCGCCUUACAACCGACAUGCGCCGCCUGCAAGCAGCUGAUAGUCAAUGCUGCUUAUUGGCAAGUGGCCAGUGUAGCGGCCGUAGACACGUACUACUGCUCCAAGUGCCAGGGAGCAGCAGCACCAGCAGUUGCCGCUGCUACUGCUACUGCUGCUGUUCAGGAUGCUGCACUCACUGAAGUGUCCCCGACCAAUUUUGCUGAGACCUGCUGCAUUAGCGAAACAGAGGAGCCAGAGAUGUCUUGCCCGUUCCUCGACUGCCGUCCGAACAUGCUAAAGAAUUGUGAAGAGCACCACUACCAGUUCGACAGCUUCCGACGCGCAAAGUACUCGACUAUGAUGCUCGUCUACCAGAUCUCCUCCACACAGCGCUCAGCUCAAUGA